AUGUUGGAAGAAUGCAGAAUUGGCUACAUCUCAGGUGCUUCAGAUGUACUGCCCACCCCUCACCAGAUCACCCUUCCGUUGCUGAAAACCCUCAUCCUCGCUCAAGUACCAGGCCAGGAGGAACUUCUCAGUCUCCUCGUCUCUCCCUCCUUGGAAACCCUUUCAAGUAGGGCCAGCCUGUGUAUUCUCUCCUCCUUUAUCACUCGUUCAAAAUGUGAACUCCACCACCUGGAUGUCGACGCUUUGGAUGGAACACCCGAGGAAUUCAUAGGGCUACUCGAGAAAACACCCUAUCUUAUCAAGCUCGAGGCAUCGGAUUGUGACAUACAAGAGGCAUUCUUCGAACGUCUAGCUGUGAUGUCACUAAUGAAGGACGGUGCCACAGUUUCGGAGGCAUUCCUACCCCUCCUAUGCAUGCUCUGUUUGACCGGAUCCCCGUACUUCAAGUGGUCCUCUAUCCCUUCGAUAUUUUUGCUGAAGCACGAGGGCAAUGAUUUCAUUACUUGCCCCUUGUAUUUCCUAGAGCUCACUCUAUUCUUCUAUCCUGAAGGCUCUGAAGAGUUCGUUGGCCAAACCCCAGAUGUGAUUGACGCAGAUGUCAAGGAACGCCUCCUAGUCCUCCAAGCCGACGGGAAAGAGAUACACAUCAUUUCUGGCAUGGACAACAGUUCCCUUCUUUAG